AUGAAGGCCAGACUCAUCGUUCCGCAAGAAGGUUCAGGUGACCAUGAGUACCGUAUGUGCAGCUAUGAGUACCGUAUAUGCAGCUAUGAGUACCGUAUGUGCAGCUAUGAGUACCGUAUGUGCAGCUAUGAGUACCGUAUGUGCAGCUAUGAGUACCGUAUGUGCAGCUAUGAGUACCGUAUGUGCAGCUGUGAGUACCGUAUGUGCAGCUAUGAGUACCGUAUAUGCAGCUAUGAGUACCGUAUGUGCAGCUAUGAGUACCGUAUGUGCAACUGUGAGUACCGUAUGUGCAACUAUGAGUACCGUAUGUGCAGCUGUGAGUACCGUAUGUGCAGCUGUGAGUACCGUAUGUGCAGCUGUGAGUACCGUAUGUGCAGCUAUGAGUACCGUAUGUGCAGCUAUGAGUACCGUAUGUGCAGCUAUGAGUACCGUAUGUGCAGCUAUGAGUACCGUAUGUGCAGCUGUGAGUACCGUAUGUGCAGCUAUGAGUACCGUAUGUGCAGCUGUGAGUACCGUAUGUGCAGCUGUGAGUACCGUAUGUGCAGCUGUGAGUACCGUAUGUGCAGCUAUGAGUACCGUAUGUGCAGCUAUGAGUACCGUAUGUGCACCUAUGAGUACCGUAUGUGCAGCUAUGAGUACCGUAUGUGCAGCUAUGAGUACCGUAUGUGCAGCUAUGAGUACCGUAUGUGCAACUGUGAGUACCGUAUGUGCAGCUAUGAGUACCGUAUGUGCAGCUAUGAGUACCGUAUGUGCAGCUAUGAGUACCGUAUGUGCAACUGUGAGUACCGUAUGUGCAGCUAUGAGUACCGUAUGUGCAGCUAUGAGUACCGUAUGUGCAGCUAUGUGUACCGUAUGUGCAGCUAUGAGUACCGUAUGUGCAGCUAUGAGUACCGUAUGUGCAGCUAUGAGUACCGUAUGUGCAGCUAUGAGUACCGUAUGUGCAACUGUGAGUACCGUAUGUGCAACUAUGAGUACCGUAUGUGCAGCUAUGAGUACCGUAUGUGCAGCUGUGAGUACCGUAUGUGCAGCUAUGAGUACCGUAUGUGCAGCUAUGAGUACCGUAUGUGCAGCUGUGAGUACCGUAUGUGCAGCUGUGAGUACCGUAUAUGCAACCUCCUUUGGCGACACGUGUAUUUUCAUUAA